AAUCCCUCUGGGUUUAUCCCGACUCGGCUGAUGACAUACCUUGGCUGCUCCCAGAGGAAGCUCAUCAAGGUGAAACGUCACUACCUGCCCAGAAGCACCGCAGACGGUCUGAACUCCACCUACACCAAGCUUUGUGCCCUUAAAGCCAUGCAGAGUAGGGAAUUCUACGAUCAGCCCUCCUUUGACCACUUUAAAGCGCUGUGUGCAUACACAGCCGGCUCCUAUAGUGAUCUGAACCAGGCCGUUCGUACAGGCUGGGCCUCUGACAGCACCACUUUCAGAUUUCACGCCCUCCACUUCCUGCUUUCUGACGCCAUCCGGCUCCUGAAAGUCAACCAAAGGAGCUGCUACACCUCAUUCAGACGGAGCAGACUGUUAUUUUUGGGAAAACCUGGACAGACCACGCGCUUCGGCUCUUUUGCCUCAAGCUCCCUCAAUAAGAAGCUGCGGCAUUUUGGGCAAAGAACCUGUUUUGAAAUACGCACGUGUUUCGGGGCUUACUUGAAGUCCUACUCAGACUUUGAUUCAGAUGAGGACGAAGUCCUGAUCCCUCCAUUUGAGAUGUUUAAAAUAGUUUCUGUUGACACGUCAGGAACUAAUCAUCUGAACUGUGAUGUUUUGUAUCAGCUGGAGCCAGCAGGAGGACUCUCAACUGUCAGGCUGUGAGAUCGUAGAAGCUGGGAGACUUAUGCACAUUGUAUAUUCUAAGAAACAUUAGCUUACAUUAUUUUUAGAACUUUAUUUAAAUGUGUAUUUAUGUUCAUGAAAAAUAUCUGCCUAAGAAAUUCUUUAAAACGAUUUUGCCAAGUGACAUUUCUAUUAUUUACCUGUUUUAUAUUUGGUCAGUUUAUUGAUAUGUUUAGAGGUGUAGGAAACCCGUUAAAUCAGUACAUCUGCAGUGGUCUCUGGUAGGAAUGAAUGCCUUGCAAACUGUACUCGGGGCAAAAAUAGCCCAGAAUCGUUGGGAUCAGCAGGGACAAGUCUGCUGCAGCAUGAUUUGGAG